CUACUACAUUGGCUAUUUGUAUCAUGUUCUAUGUAAAAUCCGUGGGCUAACACAUCUAGGUGCUCCGAAUCUCUCUUAUUCACAGGAAUGUCAGAUCUUCCCCUGCUUGGCUCAGUCGACUGCAGUCCCCGUUACGAUGCUACCUCUAGCGGAAGCAGUGAUGACGGUCCAACUCUUCCUCUAGAUAACAUUGACAGAUCAACCGUGGAGAAGAGGCUUCUCCGCAAGUUAGACCUUCGAGUAGCCUUCCUAGUUCUGGUUUACAUUAUGAACAUCAUGGACCGUACUAAUGUAGCUGCUGCGAGGUUGCGAGGCUUCGAGGAGGACCUUGACAUGACUGGGAAUCAAUUUAAUACACUUAUCAGUAUCCUUUAUGUAGGUUAUUUGGUAACGCAAGCUCCUUCGUACGUUCCGAUACCUUAUCAUUCUGCGGCCGCAUAUCUGACAAGGACUUGAAAGCAACAUGAUCUUACACCGCAUGAAAAGGCCAUCACUAUACCUGUCGACCUGUAUGAUGGCAUGGGCUGCCAUCACCAUGUGCAUGAGUACGUCACACAGCUUUCAUUUGAUCGACAUUGGCUGACGAGGGACUAUGAAAGGUGCGGUACAAACGUUGGUCUCUAUUUUUUUGAUCCUGCUCAUUGUUAAUACCACUCUAGAUAUCGUGCGGCUGUUAUCUUGCGCUUCUUUAUUGGAUUUGUAGAGGCGACAUUCUUUCCCGGAGCUAUAUUCAU